AUGGCGAAGCCCGCGGCGCUGGUGGUGUUGCUCCUUGCAGUCGGUGCAGCAGCGUCUGCCGGCCCCCAGGUACCAGCCGGCAGGCACCUGGCCCAAGCAGAUGCCUACACAGUCUUCAACGAGCCGGCCGCGGCCGGGUCGGUCGCGUCGGGCGCGCCGUCUGUCAGCCUAAACGGCGUCGGCGCCGUCAGCAACAGCGCCACCACCGUGCCCGUAUUGGGCACCCUGGCGGCGCCGCUCCCUGGGGCGUCCUACGCGGCUGGCUACGCGCCGGCCAGCGUCGGCGGCGUGUCGGUGGCAUCCCCCACGGACGCAGCUUACGGCUACGCCCCCGCGGCCGCGCCGGCCGCCUACGGCUAUGCCCCUGCGGCCGCCUACGGCUACGCCCCCGCGCCCGCCUACGCGCCGGUGGCCGCCUACGCCCCGGCCGCCGCCUACGCCCCCGCAGCCGCGCCCGCCCUGCCGGCCUACGACCCCGUCGCCGCCGCCGCGGGCAUAGCCGUGCCGCCGGCCGCCGCCGCGGCGCCGGCGCCCACGCCCGCCAAGCCCGCUGCGCCGCCGCCGCCGCUGCCCGCCGGGAUGAUUUACCGCACACAGCUUAAGGAGCAGAUCCCUGCCAAUGCCUCGGCCCUGCCGAUAAUCAAGGUGCCCGAGGGCACCAAGGCAAAGCUGGCGUAUGUGUGUGACAUCAGCGGCAUCCUGUACAUCGCGGUCAACGUGACGAGGCUCAUCCAGUGCCCCACCGACAACCUGAUCAAUCUGGCCAAGUUUUCGGGCAUCAAGGGCGCCAAGUCCGUCACCUGCCCCGAGAACCGCCUGGCCUGCCCCGGGAACUUUGCCGUGAACAUCAUCGUGAAGCUGAACAACACCCUGGAGGAGUUCAAGGCGAUCGUGCCCAAGUGGCGCGCGAACGUGGCCGUCGCGGCCAGUGUCAACAUUGACAAGGUCGUGAUCACAGACGUGGACGUUCUCUACAAGGCCGCCGCAGCAACCGCGCCGACGGCCGCAAAGGCCGGGCCCGCGCCCGCCCCCGCCGCGGCGGCCGCAAAGGUGGCCCCGGCCAUCAAGCCCGAGUCCCGGCUCGCGCCCCUGCGCCGGCUGCUUCAGCAGGUCGCGGACACCGCGGCGGUGGUCCAAAGCACCGCCAAGGGGAGCGACGCGUCCAUAAUGGACACGGCCGCGGUGGUGGAGGAGGUAGAAAAGCCGAAGCCCAAGCUGAUCGUGAUCACCACCAUCCAGCCGCUGACCGAGAUGGAGGCGAUGAGCGUGUACGGCACUACCAAAUCGCCCUACUUUGACACCACCUUUGAUCAGGGCUCCGCCCGCAUGGGCAUGAGGUUCAUCGACGGCUACACCACAGAGCAGGCCAACUCCGCCGACGAGUUCGAGUUCCCGGACCCCAACGCCCCCACCCUCUCGAAGACGGGCAAGAAGAGCGCCAACGCGACCGACCUCGACGCAACAGAUCUCUCGGCCGUCGAGCUCACGCCCGAGGAGCUGGCGGCCAAGCAGGCCAAGCAGCAGGCUGACCUGGCGGCCCUCGCGGCGGCCAACGUGACCGCGCCGCUCAACGCGACUAACGGGACCAACGCGACGGCGCCGGCGCCUGGCAAGAGCGCGGCGGCGGCGCGCGCCGCGCCGGCGGGGGCGGGCGCGCUGGCGGCGGCGGCGCUGUGCGUGCUGGCGGCCUUGUUGUGA